CUAGAUGGAAAAAGCAAAGAACUUCCUCUUUCUCAUUGAUAACUGUUCUCACCCCUAAGGAGGGAGAAAAGCAGGAUGUGCAAGAAGCAGAAAUUCUGAGCAGGUCCGAGGUGCCAUCAUGAGCCUCCUUCACCUUUCAUUUCUGGCUGUUGGAUUCCUGGUUCUGGGUCUUUGUCGUAUAGAUGUCAGGCGACCAGAGGUCCUCUAUGCUUGGGAAGGCACCUGUGUCCAGAUCCCCUGCACCUACAAGAUCAUCAACAGCAUCCAAACACCAAAUCACUUUAUCUGGUACCACAAUCCGCAGUACGAUAACAAGGAAGAGAGGUUCCAUGGGACCGUCCUCUUUGACAUGUUCAAAUCCAGUAAAAAUGAAAGGACACAGUUUCUGGGAGAGCUGAGCAAAGAGGACUGCAGCCUGCUCCUCCAUCCGGUGCAGGUCUCCGACAGUGGGAAACUGGGGCUGAGGAUAAUGACCCAGGAAGACAAGUGGAUAGCCUAUGUGCAACUCAACAUCACUGAGUCUGCGCCUCAGCCGCACAUUCAGCUCCCCCCGCGGCUCCAAGAGCUCCAGGAGGUAACCGUGACCUGCUGUCUGAACUACUCCUGUCCUGGCUACCCCGUGAGCUUGCUCUGGUUUCUGGACGGGCAGAAGGUUCCGGCUCAGGUCGAGAACUCCAUUGUCCAAACCGAGAAGGUCUUGACGGAGAGCAAAUUCAGAUUCAGGCCCAGCUGGACUCACCACGGCAAGAAGCUGUCUUGCCAAGUGUGGCACACCGACGAGCAGCGUCUGUCUGAGAAGAUCGUGUGGCUCGAUGUGAAGCAUACCCCAAAGAUAACCAUCGAGGCCAGUCCCCACCUAGAAGUGAAGGAGGAAGGAUCAGUGACUCUGAGGUGUAUGGUUCGAAGCAGCAACCCCAAGGUCCAAGGCAGCUUCCUCUGGUUCAAGGAUAAAGAGAAUGUGCAGAAUCAGGACGAAAUUCUGACUUUGUCCGAAGUGAAUUGGCAACAGGCUGGAAAUUACCAUUGUGAGGCAGACAACGAAAUGGGCCGGGGGAGAUCAGAGCCGGUGCACCUGCAAGUCCUAUAUUCCCCCAAGCUUUCCAGGGUUCUCCCUGCUGACAUCAGUGUGAGAGAGAACAGGACUGUGGAGCUGAUGUGUGCGACCGUUGCCUCCCCUCCUCCAACCAGCUAUACCUGGUAUCAAGAUGAGAAGCUGUUGCUGGGAGAGACAAAACAGAAUCUCAGUUUCCAGGGCGUCAACCGGCAGCAAAGUGGCCUGUACAGCUGCCUGGCUGAGAACAGCGAGGGCCAGGGCAAAGUCAGCGAGAGGGCUAGGCUGGACGUGCAGUAUCCCCCCACUGGAGUGACCGUGAUUAUCAGCAGCCAGAUGCCAAUCCGGGAAGGGGACUCUGUGACCCUCUCCUGUUCCUACAAACAAAGUAACCCUGCCGUCAAAAGUUACCUAUGGAGGCCACAGUUAUUUCAAAAAGUCGGAUACUCUGCCAAUGUUACCAUCCAGAGCAUCCCCUGGAAUGCUGAGUCAGUCACCUGCUCGGCCUGCAACAUUGAAUGUUCCCAAGCAGCCCCUGUCUACCUGGACGUACAAUAUGCCCCAAGAGAUGUUAAAAUCAUUCUGGCAACUCCCAAAUCUGACAUCCGGUCUGGAGACCAAGUCCAACUUCGAUGUGACUUCAGCUCCAGUCGCCCCAGAAAUGUUCAUUAUUCCUGGACUCAAAAUGGGAAGCACUUCCAUGAAGGGAGGGACCUGAAUUGGAGCUCCAUCUCCCCAGAAGACUCUGCACUCUACAGCUGUUCUGUUACCAACUCUAUUGGACAAACCAAGUCUCAGGAAUGGGACCUGAAAGUUCAGUAUGCCCCCAGACACCUUCGAGUGUCCAUCGUCCCAGGAGACGUGGUGAUGGAGAAGACAAGUGUGAUCCUGACCUGUGAGGCUGAUGCUAAUCCAGCCAUUGACUUUUACACCUGGUUUGACUGGAAGGGGCAAAAGAUUGAUAAAUAUGGUCAGAAGCUGACCCUGUGGCCAGUGAUGACCCACCAGUCCGGGGCCUAUUGGUGCCAAGGGACCAACAAACUGGGCACGGGGAAGUCGGGUCCUGCCACUCUCACUGUCUAUUACAGCCCAGAGACCAUUGGCAAGCGAACUGCUUUGGGGUUUGGGGUAUGCCUGGCUGUCCUCUUCCUGGUCCUGAUGGGGUUCCAGUUUGUCCGAUGCUGGAAGAAGAUCAGAAGAGAGGAGGAUAUUCAGGACAGGCCCGGCAUACAGGGCUCUUUCUUUAUCAGAAAGAAGAAGACGAGGAGGCCCCACGCCACAGCAGCUCCCCAGUCCUUGGGAUAUUACAAUCCUGCACUGGAGGGGAGGAUCGAUUAUGCUACCUUGCAGUUUCCUGACAGGGCUCUGUCACCUAGGUAUCUGGAGACCUCGCCAGUCAGUCUUCAAACUGAGGAUCAAAGCGUCACCUAUUCUGUGCUGCAGAAACCCCAUGGGGGUGAUUAUGAGAAUGUGAUGCCUCAGGCUCCUCCAGAAGAUGAAGGGUUACAUUACUCUGAACUGAUUCAUUUUGGGGAGCCAGGGAGGCACCCCGUGCAGGAAGGGGUGGAGUAUGUGACUCUGAAACAUUGACCAUGGAGAUAAAGAAGUCUCAUGCCUGGACAGCCUCUUGUGGGGCCAACCUAAAUGAAUUAGUGACUGGUGCCCAGGCCCGGGUCCAUCUGAUCAGCUGCUCAGUGGUCCGCCAUACCCUAUCCUGCAAUUAAUGCUGUGAAGUUUCUACCCAGGACUUAGGAGAAGGCCUUCUGGCACCUCCACUGUGGUCCCUUCCUUCUGUGCCCUGACAGUGCUAUACUUUCAAAAGUCUGUGUCUGGUCCGUGUCCUUCCUACCUAUCCACGUGUGUGUGCGCACAGAUCACAUGCUCCAACCCUCCCUUCCCUUUCACAUAUGUAGACUCAAGCCCUUCCCACCCCAUUCUUGUCUAGUCUUUCUUCCUCUCCCUAGCUGAAUCCCAAACCCCACCCUAGCUUCCAUGUGCCACGAAGGCUCCAUGUCAAAGGGAGGAUCCAGAGUGUGCAUGGGCAUGGAAAUGGGCAGUGACUGCUAAGGGGAGCUGAGUUCUCCCUGUCAGCCCCUUCCCUAAAGCCUUCAUUCAGUUUCUAAUCACCCAGCUCCUGCCCCAGCUGAUGGGAGAGAUUAGGGGAAUGGUACUUCUGAGAUAGAAAUAAAAACACGCAUGGCCAGUGAGCUA